ACUUCACUUUAAUGUAUUUUUCAGAUCCCUACGGAUUAUAUGAAAAAAAAAAUUAUAAAAUUCAGUUAAGGUUGGAUUGACUUGAUUAGAAGAAUGUCAAAAUUGAAUAUCAAGACGGAGGGGUAUCUAUCAACAACAGUUUAAAAUGUUUGACAGCGUUUUAAUAUUUGACACAUAUACAACUCAAAAUUGAGUCAAUUUAUGAAAAUCAAAUUCCAACCAAAAUCGAAACAUUCUUGUUUAUUAAAAAUAUACAAAGAAAACUAACGCAUCAAAGUUAAAAAAAAAAAAAAUGAGAACCCAGAAAAAGAUAGAAGAAAACUGUAGAAUUGAGCCCAUGUCCCUCAUAACUCGCAAGCACUCACCACCACCUUCACUUGUUGAACUCUCAACUUACUACAACCGCCACUACACAACAACCCUUUCAACACACAGACUCAAACUCAAGCUUAGCUUCAUUCCCUUGUCUGAAUGGCAUCCAUAACACCUCUCAAGAACUUUUCAAGAUCAAGAAAUGCACAUGCACUCUUCAUUCUCCUCCUCACUUUAGCUCUCUUUUUCUUCUUCUCUUCCUCAGACACUUCUCCUUCUGUGCAUUCCCGCCUUCAUGCGGCCCCGAUCCUCGCGCCAAGACUUGCUUCCAUGAAUGCUGCAGAUGCUACAUUAUCUUUCAGAGAUAACAUCACUUCUUGUGAUAUUUUUGAUGGUGAGUGGGCUGUGGAUGAUUCCAGUCCUUACCCGCUUUACCAACCAGGUUCUUGUCCGUUUCUUGAUGAUUCUUUUAAUUGUUUCAAGAAUGGUCGUCAGGAUUCUGAUUAUAUUCGUCUUCGAUGGAAGCCUCAUGGCUGUCACAUUCCAAGGUUUGAUGGGAGGGUAAUGCUGGAGAGGCUAAGAGGGAAAAGAGUAGUUUUUGUGGGGGAUUCACUUAACAGGAACAUGUGGGAAUCUCUGGUAUGUGCAUUGAGGGAGGCACUGGCUGAUAAAAGUAGAGUUGUUGAAGUUUCAGGUCGUCGCAAGUUGAGGACUCGAGGCUUCUUCUCGUUCCUAUUUAGGGAUUAUCAGUGCUCAAUUGAUUUUAUCAAGUCCCCAUUCCUGGUUCAAGAAUGGAAGAUAUCUACCAAAGCUGGAACGCGAAGAGAAACUCUGAGACUUGACAUGAUCCAAGGCUCUUUGAACAAGUACAAUGAUGCUGAUAUUAUCAUCUACAACACAGGUCACUGGUGGACUCAUCAUAAGACAUAUAGAGGUAACAAUUAUUUUCAAGAAGGCAACAAAGUGUACAGUAGGCUGGAAGUGGAAGAUGCAUAUUCAAGGGCCUUAAGAACGUGGUCUCAUUGGGUCGAUUCUAACAUCAAUGCUAGCCGAACCAAGGUGUUUUUUAUGGGAUACUCUGCCUCUCAUUUCAAAGGAGGACAAUGGAACUCUGGGGGAAGUUGUAGCAGCGAGGUGAAGCCUAUUACAAAUGACACAUUCUUGGCAGAGUAUCCGUGGAUGAUGAGUGUCCUUGAAACUGUGAUCGAGGAGAUGAAAACUCCUGUUUUUUAUUUAAACAUUACAAAAAUGACAGAUUAUAGGAAAGAUGGGCAUCCUUCUAUUUUUAGGCAAGCUCAAGGAGGACAACAGUUGAAACAACGGAUGCUUCAAGACUGCAGCCAUUGGUGUUUGCCUGGUGUUCCUGAUUCUUGGAAUGAGCUUCUCUAUGCUACUCUUCUAAUGUUCCAAGACAGUCCUAUUUAAGCAUUUAUUUUAUUCUCCAUGAGGGAUUUUGUAAAAUCAAAAAUGGUGAAUUCACAUGUUGUCUACUGUGGUAUAUGUUGUUGUACCUUCUUAAGCCAGUUGAUUUCUCUUGAGACCUCUAUGAAUCUGUCUACAUGUCUUGUAUCCAUUUUUUUUCUGUUUAGUACUUAAACUUCGAUCUUUCUAUAUAG